AUGACUGGACACAAACGAGAGGCAAUAAUCGGUGACGUCAAAAUUCACAUCGCUGAACAUUAUUCACUCUAUGAAGACACUAUCAACUGGGACUCUACAGAGUUGUCCGACAACAAUCUCAACGAAUUAACUGAUAACCUGUUUCGAGGAAUGAAGAAUCUAACAAGGCUGUGGUUGCGUAACAACAAACUGAAGAAGCUAACCCCAGAACUGUUCACAGAUUUAAUCAGUUUGGAUGACCUGGAUCUGUCAAACAACGAAAUUAAAUAUCUGCCCCUAGGACUUUUCAAAGGUCUAAAGAAGCUUAAACAGCUGAUUUUGUCAGGCAAUCAACUCGAGGAACUACCCGGAAAUAUUUUUGCCAACCUCUCCAAGCUGUUAAAUAUAAAACUGGACAAGAACAAGCUUAAGAGCCUCCCCAGGGAUUUGCUUCGUACUCUGGUCAACUUAAACGGGCUGUAUCUUUCUGAAAAUAACCUCGAGAAUUUACCCAAAGGGAUUUUCAACGGCAUGAGAAAUCUUCAGGUUCUCACUAUUUCUGAUAACAAGAUUCCCGGUGUCACCAACGAAAACUUUAAGGACCUUCCAAAUUUGGUUAUUUUGUGA